AUGCCACUGCUCAGGCAUGUCACACCAGAAGAAGCUAUACGACUUUUGUCAGAAGUACAUGACGAAUUUUGUGGCAACCACGCAUCCAGGCAGAGUUUAUCUAAGAAAAUUCUAAGUCAAUCUUUCACUGAUUUUUGUGCGAACCAUGGAAUCAUAAAAAGUUUCUCAGCAGUGGCGCAUCCCCAGGUAAAUGGUCAAGUUGAAGUAGUCAACAAGACACUCAAGGACACCCUAAAGAAGAAACUUGAAGAUGCUAAAGGAAACUGGUCGGAGGAACUUCCUGAAGUUCUGUGGUCAUUCCGCACAACCGAGAAAACAGCAACCGGACAGACUCCAUUUUCCAUGACAUAUGGAUAUGAAGCUAUGCUGCCUGUAGAACUCGAACCGCCUUCCCACAGAAGAUUAGCGUACAACCAAGAAGUUAAUUAG